AAUGUGGGCGUACACAUAUUUCAAGUUGUCCUGGCUACCUCGGCUUCUGUUACAGCUACACUGGACUGGGAAACCUUGAAAGAUUUGUUCAACUCGGAAGUUUCAGAUCUGAUGUUUGAAAACGAAGAUAGUUCAAGCGAAGAUGUGGACAGUUUGAGGAACCUGCUUAGAUUGACGGAGCUCAGCUUGCAAAGUGUGGGACAACAACUGAAUCAGUCAGAAGGACACGAUGAUGAGUGUGUGCAGCCAAGUCCUGAUCACCUGACCUUACAAGACCUGCAGGCACCUCAUGUUCUUCUGCUCCAGCCAGGCUGUGUUUGCCAGGAGAGGCCUCUCAGUGGGACAGCUGAGAGACGUGCUGCUGGCAGUCUUAGCCCACAGUCCUACAACUUUAGGUCUGCCUCAGUUAAGGUGAGGUCAGCAGAGAUGGAGUCUGUUCCUGCGAGGAGGAAGGUGGGCUGUGUGCGUCAGGAGAACGCCUGUCUGACCAUGCAGGAUGAACAGCUCAUCAGUGACCUUGAUGAAUUGGCCACCUCCAAGUCUCAGGUCCGCCUCCGAGGUCCCAGGGUUGGGGUUAAAAACAAUGUGGCGGUCAUGAGUGAGCACAUACGUCGUCUUGAAGCAGAGCUGGAGGCUAAUGCCAAAGAACUAAAGGCAGCUGAGCUGAGGGCAGAGUGUAGUGAAGAAGCAGCAGCUCACAGUGAUAUUGUGGUAGCGACUCUCACUGAUGAACUGAGAACACUCAGAGAAGAGCUGGACAACAAGACAGCACUGUGCAAAAGGGCUGAGCAGCAAAGGAACCAAGCACUUGAAAAUGCAGAAAAACUCAAAGAAGCUUUCAAAGAGUACAAGGCCACCAUUUCCAUUAAACUUCAGAGGGUGAUGGAGAGUGAAAGCAAAUUAAAAGAGAGUCUUAUUGAGUGUGACAGAGAAAAAGAAGAGUUGGAAAUGAAAUGCACUCUGUUGGAGAGAGAGAAGACAGAACAGAGUCAAGCAAUCAGCCAGCUGAAGGAGGAGGUGAGGCAGGCAAAGUCCUCGGCUGCCGAGCGCUCAAACCUCCAGGCUCAGCUGGAGGAGGCCGGACGACGGGCCUCAUAUCUGGAGAGGCAGCUCGUGGAGCGGGCUGCAGAGUGCAGGGAGCUGGCCUCUCUGCGCAGAGAGCUGGAAGACCUGCGGACCCUGACCCAGAGCCAGGAACAGAAGGUGGCCCAGAGCCACAGAGAGGCUCAGCAGAGCCAGGCAGAGCUGGCCAGCUUGGAGGCCAUGCUGGCCCUGCUGCAUCUAAGAGAGGGUGCUGUAGGGUCACUCUGUGUCAGGCCCUGCAUGCUGCCCCCAGUGGACUAUCCAAGAACUGCACACCAGCUGAACCUCAAGCCAGGUGAAGGCUACCAGCAGCUGUUGCGAGUGCUGCAGUCAGUGGACACGGAGCGGACUAAACAGAGCAGCCUGGUGGAGCGACUUCAGGAGCGUCUGAGCAGAACCCAGGAGGAGAUGUCCUCCUUGCAGAGCUCCAUGGCCCAGAGAGCCUCCCACUACCAGAGCCUCCACACGGAGCUGCUGGACAAAGUCAGCCAAGCCACUGACACAGAGAAAGAAUUGAAGAGAAAGAGUGCACGGGUGGCUGCGCUGGAAAAACAGUUACAGGAAAAAACAUCAGCCUACAGUCUGGCUGCACUGAAGAACACUGAGCUCGAGAAUCAGCUAGUGGAGAAGACUAGCACUCUUCAGCAUUACCAAUCACUGAUGACCAAAAAGCAAAGAGAGUACCAGCAGUCUUUGGAGAAGUGUAAAAAAUCACAAGCUCAACAAUGUACGGAGCAACAGCACAGAAUAGAAAUGUUGCAGUUGUCUGUAGAAGAGGCUCAGUCUCGGAUGUUGGAAAUGGAGCAGGAGCUGAGUUCACUCCAGAGGGAGCGAGACGAAGCUCAGAGAGCGGCUCUCCUGCUGCAGAACUCUGUGGAACAGCUCACACAGGAGAGGCAGGUUGAAGUGAGGCACAAUGACGAGUUGCUACAGAGUCUCAAGGAGCAGGCAGCUGAGUCUGCUGCCAAGGUGUGUGAGCUGCAGUCGUCUCUGUCGGAAUGUAGAGAGGAGCUGAACUUGUAUCAGAAGCAGAUGGAGGAGGUAAAGAAGAACUAUGAAACUGAGCUGCAGCGGAACAAUGACAAGGUGUCUUCUCUGCAGGAAAAGCUUCACAGUGCCAGCCUGGUUUGUCAGAGCUCCAGUGAGCAGAACCUGCAGCUUCAGCUUUCUCUCCAGCAGCAGCAGACCAUGCUGACUGAGAGCACUGCCCGCAUCGCUGAACUGGAGGAGAGCCAGAGCCAGCUGCAGAGACAAGUGUCCUCUCUGGAGCAGCAGCUGGAACGGACCCGGGCGUCUCUGCAGGACGAGGCGAGGAACAGAGAGCAAGACUCUCAGGAGAAAGAUAAGGACCUGCAGGAGAUGAACCAACAGAACACACAACUGUCUGAGACAGUCAGCCAUCUGACAUCAGAGAUGACAAAGUGUCGAGGGGAGUUGGUGUCUAAAGAGUCGGAGCUGCAGCGUCUGAGGAGGGACGUCGCUGCCAAGACAUCUCAGAUCAACCGCAUGGAGGAGAGCCUGCAACAGACAAAGAACCUGCUCGACAACAAGAGCGAGAUGGUAGCAGACCUGGAUGAGAAGUUCCAUCGCUCUGAGGCAGACAGGCUGAACUGUGUUCAGCGGGUCAAGGUCCUGGAGGGACAGCUGCAGACGGUGCGUGGAGAGUUGGCCAACACUCUGGAACAGCUACAGGAACUCAGGGAUGUUCUGCAGAGGACCCAAACCAUCUCUGAUGAGCAGCAAUCCACGGUGGAAAAACUGACUACCCAACUUAGUGAAACACAGAGGGAGUUGGAGGAGAGAACGCACGAGGUCUUAGACAUGGACAGUGCACUGAAGGAAAGACAGGGGGAGCUCCAACAGAGAGCAAAUCUGCUGGGUCAGCUGGAUGUGGCCAUCAAAGAGCACAAGCAGGAGAUGGAGAGAAAGGUGGAGUCUCUGCAGCAGAGCCUGGGAGCCAGAGAGAGCGAGCUGAGAGACACGCGGAAGGAGCUCACAGACAGAAACAUGAAGGAGUCCCGAGAGCUUGGCCAGCAGCUGCAUGUGUGUCAACAGAAACUUCAGACUUUACUGCAAGAGCUUGAAGAAACUCGGCAUCACUGUGAUACUCUGACCAGAGAGCUGGAUGCCACCAAGCUUCAGACGAAGGAGAAGGAUGUCCGGCUGUGUCGUGUGGAGGAGGAGCUGGCACUGAAGGAGGCGCACUGGCGGCAGUCGGAGGCCGGACUGCAGAGCAUGGUCACCUCUUUAGAGCAGGAGCUGGAGCUGGAGAGGGAGCAGCACAGCAAGGAGCUGGAGUCCCUGCAGCAGACUCGAGGCCAGCUCCUCAAAGUCUCUGAGCAGAUCUCCUCCACCAUGCGCUCCUCCCAGGAACAGCUCACUGCUAAACUUCAGCAGAGCCAGACCCAGCUCCAGCAAGCUAAGGCUCGGUGCGACCAAAUCAAAGCCCAGCUAGACCAAACUUCAGCCCAGCUGGAACAAACUAUGGCUGAGUUGGAUCGCACCCGGACACAAGCCAGUCACCUCCAAACACAGUUAGACCAGAGUCAGACCCAGUUCCUUCAGAGUAAGACCCAGCUGGAGCAGAGCAGGAUUUUGUACGAGCAGGCCAAGGCUCAGAACAAUCACCUUCAUGUGCAGCUGGACCAGCUCAAUAACCAACUCAAUCAAGCCAGAGUCCAGACUGCUCAGCUCCAGACUCAGCUCCACACCUCUAAGAAGUCCAUGGAGACCUCCAACGAGUCCCUGCUCAUCAAGGAGUCUGAAGUGACCCGUCUCCAAGCCAAGAUCUCCAGUCUGGAGCGAGCUGCUGACCGCCAGAAUCUGACUCUAUACGAUCACACACUCUCCCUCCCUGCUCUGCACAAAUCCACAUACUCCCCAGAUCACUCUUUUGCUCACUCUCCUCCUUCCUCACCCAAAAUGCUUCAAACAAUUGUCCACUCUCCUUCACAUGUUCACUCAACUCUCACACAAACUCGCUCAUCACCCCCAGCUCACACAGACCCUCAGCUCACCUCAGUCCCUCAUCUGUCAGACCAAACUGAAAGCCACCAAACUUGCAACUGGCUGCAGAGCAGCAGUAUCGAUUCCUCCCUGGAUCUCCCUUUGAGCCUGAAAGCCACACUGAGGGAGGCGCUGCGCCAGCAGCCGUGGGAGUCCUCUUCCCCCUCUGUCUCCUCCUUCCCAGGCACAGUGGACCACAGCUGGCAGGGCCUCAGUGGCAUGGAGGUCACAGCAUCCUCCGACCUCUCCUUCAACCCCCUCACAUACAUGGUGGACAGGCAAGGAGACAGAAACCUCAGCAGGGACGCUACCUUGAUGCAGGAGGGAGAUGAUGAGCAGGGGAGUGAGACGAGGAGGGACUCUGUGUGCACUCUGGUAGGUCAGGAGGAGGAGGAGCAGGUGGACAUGAGUUCACUGACAGGGAUGCUGAGGUUCGUUAACCAGACGCUAGCGAUGCAGGAUGACCUUUCCUUAUGGAGCUCCACAGGGUUAUCUCAGAGUGGACACAGCCAGAGGGACAUCAAGGACACAUGAAACUGAGUUGCCAAGGAGACGUCAGAGAGGAGAAGAGCUGUUUACAUUGUUGUCAUACUUGUGUGUGUCAGUGUACAUUAUAAUAUAUCGUAGUCCUACAUUGAGUAAAAUUUCUCAUUGAGUCUGUUCCUUUAAUGUAUGUUAUUAAAAUCAAGCUGCAAUAUUGUCCGACAUGGAAAAGAAAAAUUAUCAGUCCAGUUUAGACGACCACUACUUUCCAGUCUGUAAGUGAUCUGCUGUGAAGUUUCAUAGAAAUGUAGCAUUUGAGUUUUAUGUUGUAUUUCUUCUGAAGAAAUAUUUAUAUAUUUUUACACAAUUUUAUAUAACUUAAGUAAAUAAAACAUGUUU